AUGACCACCGAGCCAGCCUCCUCCCCGUUCCCUUCGGAGUUUGCCAUCUCGACUUCACGCCUACGCAUCCAUCCUUUUGACCCUGACAACCUUUCCCACUGCGAAUUCCUGGUUCAAUUAUGGAAUACAGAUGACUUUACCAAAUCAUGUGGUCGGACCGGCAUCGACACUCCCGAGAAAGCUGCGGCCUUUAUCCGAUGGCGCGUUUUUGCAGACUAUGCUCGUAACCGACAUGGCCAGUUCCUCGUAUCUCUCGUCGAAGCCUCUCAGGCCCCGAAGCUUAUCGGAUGUGUCUCUCUGAUGAAGGGAGCUCCGCCUGGCCCGCAUUAUCUCGCUCCGGAUAUUGGAUACACGAUACUACCUGAUGAGAGUGGGAAAGGGUAUGCGACUGAGGCGGCCAAGGGGCUGCUUGAAUACGCACGGGUCGAGCUAGACAUCCAUACUGCUUUUGGAUUCUGUUCUGCGACGGAUUUGCGUAGUCGCAGGGUCUUGGAGAAAAUUGGCAUGGACUAUCGAGGGGUGGCUGCUUUGUGGGUCUUUGGUGGGAAGGAGAGUGCCGUGUAUGCUCUUCCUGGGAUGGACAAGGAUCUAGGUAUUUAUAAUCUUACGGAAGACCUUCGUGAUAAAUGA